AUUUAUCUAUGGAAUAGAGAAAAGAAAACUCAAGGAAAACCUUUGUUAUUAAUUUUCUAAUAUAAAUUAUUUUAUUCAAUUAGUGCGAAGUAGUCGGUGGUGUUUUGUGUACCCUAAAUUAAUAUGAUCUUUUACCAUAUAUUAAUACAUCAGUGAAAUUGAGUAGUACUGUGUAUUAAGUAUGGAUUCUUUUCUUCACAACUAGGAAAUUUAGUGUUCUAUGCUUCACAAUGUGAGAUUGCUACUACAUUGACAUACAAUGAAUUGUGUGUGAGAAGUGAAUUAAGUGGAUCAGGAUUCAAAAUGUCAUCAGUAGGACAGUUAGUGCCACAGGUGACGAAAGGCCCGCCUAACAUGACAAUCAAAUUUACUGGUCCCCACAUUGAGGGAUCAUUCUGCACAUCAAUUGACUAUAAUUAUGACCCUAUUAUCAGUGUUAUCAGUGCAAUGUAUAUUAUUUUUGGAAUUGUAUACACUCUGUUUGGUUAUAGGUGCUUUAAAGCAAGUAUGUUUUUAACAGGUUUUACAUUUGGCUCUGCUAUUGUAUACCUCAUAUGCUUACAAGAAUAUCUUAUGCCUCCAUAUGGGAAUGUUGGUGUAGCAUUAUGUGCAGGUCUACUCUUUGGACUCAUCACAAUGCUGAUCCAGUAUGUAGGCUUGUUUAUGACUGGAUUUCACACUGGACUUCUGUUAGCCAUAGCUGGUUUGGCAAUAUAUGAUCAUUUUCUAGAUAGCCGACCUGUAUCAUAUUGGUUGUGUGUGGUAGCGUUACUUGGUUCGGGAAUUUUCUUCGCUGUCAUCAACUUGUAUUGGAAGAAAGUGUUGACGAUAUUUGGCACGAGCGUCUACGGUGGAGCAGUUAUAGCGACCACCCUUGAUUACUUCUUCGAGAGGAUGAUGAUGCUAAAAUGGUUAUGGGAACGCGCUAAGUUAGAGCCAGCCGUACCGCCGCCAUGUCGUCUGUCAUGGCUGACACUUGCCGCAUGGCCGGCCGCUGCCAUUGUUGGUCUAACAGCACAGUUUGCUCUCACGGCUACUGGGAUCUAUCAUGAACAAAGUAUAAACGCACAAAAGCGUCGUUUGAAGGUUCAGCAGUCGCGGCCGGUGACACGAGAGCAACGUGCCGAAAUGAAACAGCGCAAGUAUCGCUACCUCUACCAAGUGCGAACCGCACACGGAGAUGUCAUAUCGCAGUCGUACGUACAGGCGCUUCAAAAGAAGGCGCAGUGCGGCAACUGGAGCGGUGUCGGUAGCGGCGGCGGCGGCGGCGAGUGCAGUACACUGCAGAGUGACUCCACGCACCUCACUGUGCUCGCCGGCUCCGAACAUGCGCCGCCCACUGACUCCGACGACGAGCUCAACCAGAUCCGGGCCGCCCAAUAGCGCCACGGAUAUUAAACAUGUUGGAGAGGAGGCAUUUCGUUUUUAUUCCAGUAUUAUCGUAAGGAGAGCCACUCAUUAUUACAUCUGUAGUUAAGCGAUGGUAUAUAAUAUGUAUUCGAUGUGAAUUUAUUACUGUAUUAUUAAUUACUCAAUCCAUAUUAUUAUAUUAAGUCGAUUUGUAACGGGGUUCAAGGCCUAGUUUUAUGUUCGACUUUUUUUAACAUUAAUCGCCAAAUAAUACACGUAGUGUUUAAAUAUAUUCAUUAUUAAAUUCUAUACAAUUGAGAACGAGUAAAUAAUCGAUUUCCAAUAUUUUGCCAAGAUUUUACUAGAAAAUUUAUUUCAAGCAUAGUGGUAUUGACGUAAGGCUAGAAAUAUUUAAAUUAUCAAUAUUUAUGGUUAAUAUAUAGGUUACAUUCUAGAUUUUACUAGAAAUUGCCGUUAUUAAAUAUUUUAAAUGGCGUCGCUCCCCGAAUUGCCUUGUGAAUCGACAGUGAGUAGAGAUGAUGACAAUUUGGACGUAGGAGCUUGAAGACUUGCAGACGAUGGUUUGUUCGGGAGUGAAUGGAAAAUAUAUUGAGGACGAUAUCGACAAGCUUUAUGUUGAAGUUUCCGAUGGUUGUUGGAACGUGCGAUCAGUUGACGUCGUGUAGUUAUCAUACGCCCUCGUCAACCGUCCUACCGGGGAACGUUCCCGGGCUGAAUACCUUGACCAGCUUGAGAUCUUCCUUUUCCCAUCGACGGCUAAAGUCCGUUGUAAGUCAUUGCGGCGCGGUGGCAGUGCUGCCACUAGAGAUAUCAAUGUGUGAAAAUAAUAUUACGCAUUACUCAAAGACAUAAUGUAUCUAAUACUGUCAUAAGGAUUAAAUGUACACCAAAUCAACUGCAGUAACUCAAUUUUUAACAUACACUGCCAUUUUAAUGUAGCCUGUUACACGAAUUUUUAAAAUGGAUCUUCUGAAUUUUUUACUGUAGUAUGAAUGAUGCCGGUGUGGAAGUGGUCUUGAACCCCUUUUAAGAUGUGGUUGUGGUUAUGUUGUUAUUUCUCCAUUGUUUAUGUGAUGUUAUAUCAAUGUUUAAAUUUUAUAUAGUUUGGUUUGAUACGAUAAUUAAUUUGAGUUUUCUUAUUUUCUCAAUAAAAUGCUUAUCCUUUGUUUUCCCACAUAUUACUUUGAGAAUUUAAAAACUAAUUACUGUGUUCGUGUCAAAUUUAAAAAAUGAAUUGAAACAAUUUAUCAAUUUUAGUAACAAAUCACUUUAAGUGAAAAAAACGUCUAGUAGUACCUUCAAUAUUUUAUCAUGUACUCGAGUUUAUAUUUUUAACUAAUAUAAUUCUUGCCACGUACUGGCACUAGGCCGUUUUUUUUUUGGGAAAUAUUUUUGAUGUAAUGAACGGGUAAGCUCUUGAAGAGUAUAUAUACUAUGUAGUGUAAGUCAUAACUUUAAGAACCGAUCGUUCUCGAUGUAAAAUAACCGUUGUUUAAUACAAUUUUAUUUCAGUUAAAUGUGAUCUAUUUUUAAAGAAAAUUAUUUAAUGUAUAAUGAAUAUAAUGAUUUUUGUAAUUUCCAUACGCACACGAUCAAAUAUAAUAAAAAAGCAUAAAAUGCAAUUAUUCCAUAAUUAUGCGCAAACCUUUCCGUAACAGUUCGCUGGGUGACGGACGCACAUAAUAUUUAGCGUGUGAUAUUUUUUUUGCCAAAGCUUAAUUUAAUUGUUAUAGAGCUGAAGCAGAACGCAAUGUUUCUUUAUAUAUUUAAGGUAUAUUACGCUUUAAUUUGACGUGUUGAGUGACUGUUGCGAAUCGAAACAAUAUUGAGCAUUCCAUCCUUAUCGAUUGUGAUUAUUCGAAUAACAUACAUAUGGCAUCAUGCGAAAUGUUUGUUACCAAUAUUCAUUGCGAAUUAAGUUUUUUUGAGUUUACUUCUUAAGAAUUGAUUUUCAUAUAUAAACUCGGGGUGUGAACAUUUAUAGGGAGUAAAAUCAAACGUUCACCUCGUGCGUUACGUUAUGUAUUCAUGUUUCCAUGACUACGUAAUGUCGUGCAACUUAUCUUGCGCAGCCCCCCGCACAGAGUACUCUCGGCUGUACUACAUUAUAUAAACAAAUAACAACUGCCAACUAACUGUCAACCUGCAGAGUUUUGAUAUUAAAUUUCAUAUAUAAUUGUUCGUAAGGAGUAAACUCCAGUCGUGCGUGAAAGCUGACACACACACUUUUUUUAUUUACAGGGAACUCUGUAUUUAAUUUUUGAUAAACAUCACAAAUUAGAUUAUUAAUUAGUUUUUGAAUGAACGAGUACCAUUGAUAACGGAAAAUUGUGAUUCACGUCUGAUUUUGGUUAUUGUAAAUUGUUUCCAAGUCCUAAAGUCAACACUAUAUAAUAUACGUUGAAUGUUUACAAAAAUGUGGUAGAAUUUGUGUAAUCGUAAAAUAAGGUUGAAUUAAGGAAACGUUUGUUGCCAGUAAACUGGUAAAUGUACACACGUGACAUUUUAUGUUAUCCAUAAAACGAGUGAAUCAAAUUGAAAAUCAAUCGUCUUACAAGGAGAAAAGGUACGUUUUAUGUCAAAUUUGUGAUCAUUUAGACACUAUUUCUAUCUCUAAUCACUAUCCAUUUCAUCGCUCAAUUUCUAGUCUUAUUUUGUAUUCCGUAUUAAUUCAUUUUGUUUAUUUUAUAUUUUAAAUAGAGUUUUUUUUUUAAUGAAUGGGAUGUGUUACAUAUUAUGUUCACUUUUAACCUAUAUUUAAUUGAAUUUAAGCUUACAGCAUUAUAUUUGCUAUUAGCUACUGUAUCACAUAACAAGAUUUAUAUAAUUAUUAGAUAUUAUUGUAAUUUGUGAUUUAGUGCUUUUUAAAAUAAUGUUCAUUAUCAGUAUUUUAAGACUAUAAUACUUAAGUCGUUUUAUUAUAUACUUUCCUAUUAAAGUACAGACUUAUUUCGCCUGAUUAUUACAUUGUUUAUUUUUUUUUAAUCUCUAUUUUGUAUUACUGUUCCUUUUUUAAUAAGUAAGUGUUAACUUU